AUGAACCAUGAGUAUUGGCUCAGUGGGGCAGGUCCAAAGCACCAAUCACCACGUAGCCACGUCAGGUUUUUAUUGCCUCCUCCCAGCCGCCUCAUCCACCUCGUGGACAAUGAAGACGAAGUGCCGCUGGUGCGGGCGGCAGCCAUUCAGCAACUGGUGGCUCUGGCCACCCUCAUUGGUCCUGACUUCAAGGCCGAACUGGCUCCUCUGUUGUCCGGUCUGGUCGGUGACAGCCAACGCGUUGUGCGGUCAGCCUGCGUCGGUCCUCUGUUGGAACUCGGCAAGAUGCUCACCACGGGCACCAACGAAUUCGAAACCAUUCUCCAGCCCUCCCUCGACAAACUGAACGAGGAUGGUUCAAGAGAUACGCGGCGAGCUCUGGCAAGCAACAUCGCCGAAUUGCAGAAGGUGGCGGUUACGAAAGGCGGCAACACCAAGUCCCUCCACACGAUGAUGAUGAAUUUGUUGGAGGACAAUGAGGUUGAAACUCGUCGAAUAACAGCCAAUCAGUUCAAAGACUUCUAUCUCGCCUCACCGAAGGACGUUCAGACGGACUUCCUGUUGCCAAGGCUACAGGAGCACCUGAACAUGGAGCGUGAGGAGAGAGUGCGUUCCGAGCUCGUCUGUUGUGCCGUGAGUCUCCUUCCGUCUGUUCGAAUGGAAGACUGUCUGCCCCUAGUGAGGCCCAUCCUUGCCUUCCUCAAUCACAAUAUGGAUCAGCCAAAACAGUACGUGUUUGAAUACUUCUCCCAGCUGAUGUCGUUCAUACCCCCAAGCGAGAUCCAACUCACCAUUCUGCCAAGUCUCGUGAACCUCUGGCAGGGCAAAAACUGGCGCGUGCGUCUGGGUGUUGUUCAGUCGCUGCCCUGUUUGUUCACGACUCUUCCCGAGAACUGCCUGCGUGAGACCAUACUCCCAUCCACUCUCGCGUGGCUCCGCGAUCCAACUUGGGCGGUGCGCGAUUGUGCCUGCCGCAGCCUCGCUCGCCUCCUCGCGGCCUGUCCGAAGGCCGCCAACGACGCCAUCAUGGGCACUGGCGGAGACAAGGAGACACCGCCUGGGUCCGCAUCGGCCGCCGGCGCCUCCUCUGGCGCCGCGAGCAACUCGACUUCGGCCGCCGGCGCCGCUGCCUCCACGUCUCCGUCGUCGUCGUCCGCUGGUCUCCCCAACACCGCGUUGAGCUCGAGUGUCACCGGUGGCGCCGACGGCGCCGGCAAUCCGUCGGGUGUUGGCGGGAGUAUAUCGAUCGCGACGCUGACCGCCAACGCGGCUGCUCGGGGCCUCAAGGCCCUCGCUACUGAUCCGAAUUACCACCUGCGACAGAUUUUUAUCCUCGCCGUUCAGGCACUCUGGGGGCCGGGCAUACCCAACGAGCCAGUGUACAGUGCUCUGGGUGAUCUCUCGCCGAACGUCGGCCUCCUCUCACCCAGCCACCUCUGCGACUACGUGGUGAACCGCCACAACGCCGGCAAAGACGACCGUGGCGGUGAUGUCCCCGAGAACUGCAGUCCGCGACCCGCGAUGCCGGCCACCGCGCUACAGACCUGCCUCCAGAUGCUCAUCCAACUGCUCACUGACGAUCCCGUGCCGAAUGUGCGCUUCGCGGCUGCUCGCGCCCUCCUCAUAAUCUCCGGCAGUAUUGACAAUAAUGAGUACGGCUCCCCUACCACCUCCUUCACCACCACCUCCAAAACUACCACUUCCGCCACGACCACCUCCAACACUGCCACCUCAUCCACCCCCACCACCUCAAAACACCACCUCCACCGCCAUCACCUCCCCCAACAUCACCACCUCCACCAUCAUUACCACCACCAACACCGCCACCUCCUCCACCACCUCCUGCACCACCACCUUCAUCACCACCUCCAACACCACCUCAACAAAACACCUCAAAACACCCCCUCCACCACCUCAUCCACUUCCACCACAACAACCUCUUCCACCACCUCCUCCUCCAUCGCCUCCCCCUCCACCAUGACUACCCCCUCCACAACCGCGAACACUCUUCGCAAACAGGUGGUUCCGGCGUUGAAGAAGGUCAAGGAUGAAGACAAAGAUUCGGACGUUCGAUUCUUUGCCCAGGAGGCUCUUAAAAGUAAGGCCCUGCCUGUCUUGUCGACUCCCUCUCUCGCUCUCCUUGUUUUAACUUUUCGAGAGCGCUUGAAGGCGUCACAGCGCAGCACUUCGUCGUCCCGUCCAGACCUCGUAGUAAUUUAUCGUUUCACUCCUGUCCUCGUCGUCCUUAUUCCCUCCUCCUCCUCCUCUCUUGUGAUUACCAGCGACCCCAGGCGAAUGCGUUUCCACCACCACCGCCACCACCUCCACCAUCAUUUCUACCGCCUCCUCCCCCCAACCCUGUCCCCCUUCUGUUAG